AUGCAGCUGAAAAGCCUUGUCUUGCUUUGCGCUCUGGUUAUCUUGGCUGUAGAUGCGCGAGGGGAUCGUGUAGCCAGGUUCUCAUCCGGUUGGCCGUGCUCAAGCUCCCUGCUCGGAUUCCAUCAAUGCGGGCUGGGCCGAGGAGUAUCACAGACGGCCUCUUCAUACGCUCGCAAGCCGGGCCCCGGAUGGCGCGGCGGCCGCCGGAUAACGCAAUGGAAUGCUCGAUUCCCGUUCGGCGACAGCUUCCGGCCGCCGAUGGCCCGCUUUAACGGCUUCCAGAAGCGUGUCGACGACGCAGAA